AUGGGUGACACCUUGGCCCAUUUUCUCUUCAUCAUUGUACUCGACUACGCCCUAAGUAAGGCCAUCAACGGUAGAGAAGAGGAGCUGGGUUUCACCAUAGUGCCCCGCAAGACCUGGCGAGUGCCUCCUGUGAUGAUCACUGACAAAGACUUUGAGGAUGAAAUCGCAAUAGUCUCAAAUACAUUUGAGCAGGCUCGAGCUCUUUUGUUAUCAGUUGAGGAGGAGUGUUUGAAGGUUGGUCUACAGCUGAACACAAAGAAGGCCAAGGUGCUCACCUAUUACAUCAGUGGCACAGCUGUCUGCACGAGAGAUGGUACAACUCUCAAGGUUGAAUCUGACUACAAGUACCUUGGAGCUUAG